AUGUCUAACACUAAAAUAGCUUUGGUAACUGGAGCUUCUUCUGGAAUUGGAUAUGAACUGACGAAGCAAUUGGCCCAGAAAGGCUACAAAGUUUACGCCGCUGCGAGGCGAAUCGAUCGCAUGAAGCCGCUAGAAACGGAGUUUCCGGGCUUGGUGGUUGCGGUCAAGCUAGAUGUCAGCGAACCCAAGGAGAUCGCCGCUCUAAAAGAUCGUUUGCAAACGGAACUGCCAUCGCAGAAACUUGACAUUUUGUACAACAACGCAGGCCAAAGCUGUACUUCCCCCGCCUCCGAUGUGUCCAACGAGGUUAUGGAGAUGGCCUUCAAAGUAAACGUUUUUGGACCUAUCAAUCUGUGCCGUGAACUACUGCCCUUUGUCAUCAAUGCUCGUGGAACGGUCGUGUUCACAGGGUCCAUCGCUGGUCUAAUAAGUUUCCCCUUCGGUUCUGUUUAUAGCGCUACUAAGGGCGCCAUUCACAGUUACGCCAGCGGCUUGCACAUUGAAAUGAAGCCAUUUGGAGUGCGGGUUUUGAAUGUAGUCACUGGUGGUGUUGCUACGGAAAUUGCGGACAAACGCCCAAUACCUGCCGACUCCAUCUAUAGCAUUCCAGAAGCUGCAGAUGCGCUACAGUACCGCCGUGAUAUGGUUAAAAGCAACAAACCUAUGAACGCAGCGGUGUACGUCUCCCAGGUCUUGAAAGAUGUCGCAAGCUCUCGGGAUCCGGUAGAGGUUUAUCAUGGGACUUUCUCCACUAUUGCCUACUAUCUAGCCAAAUUCAUGCCCUACUGGCUUCUGGAAAAGGUACUGGAGCACAAAUUCAAGCUUUCCGGUAUGACCAAAGCUCUCCAGAAAUCAAAGCGUCAGUGA